GGUGUCGCCGUCACAGUCAGACAUGCAGUGAGUCAGCAUGCUUUAACGUCGCCAGGUAAUUUCUCCGCCAGGGUCUGGAUUCUCUUUAUUGGUGAAUGGGUUUAAUUUCCCUUCGUCAUGCUGGCACGGCGGGACUCUCUUCUUUAAUUCCUGACAGCGAAGGUGGAGAGAGUUACUCGGUGACUGGCUCUCCAGCGGACAGGUUCAAGCUCCGGUCAACCCAUUAACAUCUCCUCACUUAAAGGAGCGCGCGGAGUAGCAGACGACACUUGCAGUUGACAGACGUCAAAGAGGAUCACACAGAAACAUGUCAGAAGGAAACGUGACAAAAGAGAGGCCGAUCAACCAGUUCGGGGAUCAUAAAGAUACAACAGAUAUGUCAUGUAAAGACUGGAAUGAGCGAUGGAAGAAGGAACAGACACAAUUUCAUAUGUCGAUCGUCCAUCCGAUGUUGCUGAAACACAUCAAUCGGCUUACAGAUGGAAAAUCUAACCUCCGGAUUUUUGUACCAUUAUGUGGGAAAAGUAUGGACGUGAAAUGGUUAUCAGACCAAGGCCAUGAGAUAGUUGGAUGUGACUGCUCUGAAGCCGGAUGUAAAGAGAUCUUCGAAAGAGACAACAUUCCUUACACAAGUGAAUACAGACAUAGUGUACAGAGUACAUUACUCAAGGCGACAGACAGGAAGUUGUCACUCUAUGUUGGAGAUUUCUUUCACCUCCAAAAGAAAGAAAUCGGAGAGUUUGAUUGUGUUUGGGAUCGAGGAUCACUGGUUGCUAUACCUGUAAAGAGGAGACAAGAGUAUGCCGACAUACUUGUUUCUGUCAUGGCAAAUGAAACAAAGUACCUACUUGACUGUUUUCUAGUUGACAACGUCAUCUUUGGAGGACCACCGUUUAACUGCAACGAAAAGAAUGUGAAGGAAUACUUUGGAUCGCAAUGUGUAGUUGAAAAGAUCGACCAGAGAGAUGCGCUUACGAAAUGGCAGACAGAGACCUGGAAAGUUAAGAGUUUCUUGGAGGAGUUGUAUUUGAUCCGGAUAAAGUGAAUAGGGACUGUGUUCAAAUCAUUGACAUGUUAAUUACAAUUGUUGUGAUAGUAUUCUAAUGUUGCUUAGCUUCAAUUUUGAAUGUUGUACAUAUUAUAAAUAUUUAUGCUAUUGUCAUCUUUAAAGAAUAAAAUAUCGCUUUUUUAUGU